UUCUCUACACGCGUUUUUUUUCUCAUUGUUGUUUUUUAUUGGCCCCCGAAAAAAAUAAAUAUUGUAGAAAAAAGAGCACGUUUUUAAGUGGUAAAAUUAAUACAGUUUUUUAAAACUGUUUCGUCGUUCCAUUUGCAAUUCCAAAAUUGCAGAACAAAAUUAAGACUCCGCGCACGCAAUGGGAGUACCAGCAUUCUUCAGAUGGCUUAGCCGUAAAUACCCCAGUGUUAUCAUAGAAUGCGUGGAAACUAAAGAAGUUGACCCAGAAACUGGGAAAAAUAUUUAUCCCGAUGCCACACAGCCGAAUCCGAAUGGCAUCGAGUUCGACAACUUGUACUUGGACAUGAAUGGUAUCAUUCAUCCAUGUACACAUCCGGAGGACAAACCGGCGCCUAAAAAUGAAGACGAAAUGAUGAUCGCCAUAUUCGAUUGUAUUGAUCGCUUGAUGAAUAUUGUGAGACCGCGCAAGGUUCUGUAUAUGGCCAUUGAUGGCGUGGCACCCAGGGCGAAAAUGAACCAACAGCGUUCAAGACGUUUUAGGGCUGCCAAGGAAUCCGUGGAAAAGCGUAUGGAAAUGGAGAGGAUACGUAGCGAGUUGUUGGCCAAGGGAUGUGUACUGCCACCCGAAAAGGAAAAGGGCGAACAUUUCGAUUCCAAUUGUAUCACACCGGGUACCCCGUUUAUGGAAAGACUGUCACAGUGCCUGCACUAUUAUGUGCACGAUCGUUUGAACAAUAACCCCGCCUGGAAGGACAUCAAGGUCAUCUUGUCCGAUGCCAAUGUGCCGGGAGAGGGAGAACACAAAAUUAUGGAUUAUAUUAGGAAACAAAGGGCCCAGCCGGACCAUGACCCCAAUACACAACAUGUCCUGUGUGGCGCUGAUGCCGAUUUGAUUAUGUUGGGCUUGGCUACGCACGAGCCAAACUUUACCAUCAUAAGAGAGGAGUUCUUACCCAAUAAACCCAAGCCGUGUGACAUGUGUGGCCAGUUUGGCCAUGAAAUGGACAAAUGUCAGGGCUUGAAUGCUGCUGGUGUUAAUGAUGUAACAAACUUUAAGCCAGAUGUGGCCGUUGGAUCGGAAGUUAGGUUUAUAUUUGUUCGCCUGAGUGUUCUGCGAGAGUAUCUGAAGAAGACGUUGGAAAUGCCCAACCUGCCAUUUAAAUACGAAUUCGAAAGAGCCCUCGACGAUUGGGUAUUCAUGUGCUUCUUUGUGGGCAAUGAUUUCCUGCCGCAUUUACCCUCUCUGGAGAUACGAGAAGGUGCCGUCGAUCGCUUGGUUGAGCUGUACAAGAAAUGUGUUUAUCGUACAAAUGGCUAUUUGACGAACUCUGGUGAAGUAGACCUGGAUAGAGUGCAAUUGAUUCUAACGGAUUUGGGUAACGUGGAAGAUCACAUCUUCAAGGAACGACAACGGCGUGAAGUGCAAUUUAAACAACGUGAGAAGGCAAAACGUCGCAACGAGGCCAACGCUUACAAUGCUGCCGUAAUGGAACAAUCGGGUUCGUUUAAAUUGAAUGCCUUGGGGAAAGGCAAUGCAAAUCCGUUGCCCAUAAUCGACAAUUACAAACAGAAUGCGGCAAAUUUGAGAAAUGCUGGUGGAGCUGGUCAAAAACGAACUGCUGCUCAGGCUGGUUUGGAUGAAGACGAAGAGGAGGAAGAGGUGAAUGAUGAGGUUCGCUUGUGGGAGAAUGGCUUCAAGGAUCGUUAUUAUGAAUCUAAAUUCGAUGUGGGCCAGGAGAAUCUCGAUUUUCGUUAUUCCGUGGCCCUGCAGUAUGUGCGAGGCCUUUGCUGGGUACUCAAAUACUACUAUCAAGGCUGUGCCUCAUGGGAUUGGUAUUUCCCAUAUCAUUAUGCACCAUUUGCCUCGGAUUUUGUUAACAUAUCGGGAUUGUCAACACAUUUCCCCAAGGGCUCGAAGCCGUUUAAUCCCCUGGAACAGCUGAUGGGUGUGUUUCCGGCGGCAAGUAGCAGUCAUGUGCCGAAACCAUGGGCCACUCUCAUGCAUGAUCCCCAGUCGGAAAUUAUUGAUUUCUAUCCGGAGGACUUUAAAAUUGAUUUGAAUGGCAAGAAAUAUGCCUGGCAAGGUGUGGCCCUACUGCCGUUUGUCGAUGAAAAUCGCCUUUUUAAGGCCUUGAAACCCUACUAUGGCAUGCUGACUGAGGCCGAAAUCAAACGUAACAAGCGUGGCGAUUGCCGCCUGUACAUCAGUCAGGGUAAUGCAUUCUUCAAAACAUUUACCAAAUACUAUUCACAAAACAAAUUUGCAACGACACCCGAAAUUGAGGUACUAAUGGAUGGUAUGUCUGGUACUGUGCUGGAAGCCGAUGAUAAUGUGCCCAUAAAUGGUACACUGCCCUCGCCGAUAAUGGGUCUGUAUGAUAUUACGGAAAAUCAGGUGGUAACCGUACGCUUUAGGGAUCCACAGUAUGAGGAAGAUUUUAUAUUCCCAGCGAAGCGUUUGAAGAACGCCAUUGAUCCACCCACGGUGUUGGCGCCCGAAGGUCGUGAUUCGAAUUAUAAGCCACGUAUUGGUUUCAAUCAUGACAUGCCACAGGCCUAUAUCACUCAAGGUGGACAUCGCCACUUGAAUAAUGCCAUGGGUCAGGGGGGCAAAUUUCAGAAUCAGUAUAAUACCCAGGGUUUCAAUUAUAAUAAUAUGAAUAAUAAUUACAAUAAUAAUAGAAAUUCCGGCUAUGGUAGAGGAGGAGGAGGUGGAGGCGGCCAUGCCGGUGGUGGUGGAGGAGGACGUGGAGGUCCUGUAUAUGGUGGAGCUGGCCGCGGUGGCGGAGCUGGCGGCGUGCAACGUUUCCAUCCAUACAGUCAACAGGGUGGACGUGGGCAACAGCAACAAGGACGUUUCCAACAGAAUCAGCAACAGCAGGGAGGCUACGCUUCAUCGUCGUUCCAAAACAGAAACUACCAGCAACAGAAUCGCCGGCCAAACAACAAUAAUAACAAUAACAACUUCCCACAAAAUAAUCAAUUCAAUAAGAAUGCUGGAGGCAAUAAUUGGGCGAGAGGUGGUGGCGGCGGCGGUGGUGGAGGUGGACGUAGAUACAAUUAAAUGUAUUUGUUCAAUUUUUUUGUUUGCCGACGAUUUAAAAAAAAAAAUCACAUGUUUUUAUAGUUCCCACCAGAAAUCCGAAAUGAAAUGGUACAUCCUUCCUGCGCACACCAUUCAAACAACACAGAUUAGAAAAAUUAAUAUUGGAUACUUAAUUAUGUUUCUUUUUGUACUUUUCCAAAAGUAUUUAAAAAUUGCAAAAUUGACUAGACGAUGAUUUCAAAAAAUUUUUAUUUUCAAAAUACGAUUUUGUUAUCGUAUCACAAUGUAUGUAUAUGUAUGGAACAUAUUGCAGAUACAUUCUACAUACCUAUAUCUAUUAAGUAAGAUCAUAGCAUAAGAUUAUAGUUUGUAAUUUAAAAGAAGAGAAAAAAAAACCAAACAAAUGUAUGAAACAACACCAGUACACAAAAUUGACUAUCGCGAGUAAGGAUAGAAUGUUUUUUUGGUAACAAUUGUUUUUUUUUUAAUAAAACACAAUUUUGAAUUACAAAUUUUAAAAA